ACAAAUAUCAAACAAGUGUUUUCCGGAAUGACAUAGCAACGACGGUAAAUUAUUUCUAUACAGCGUUUCCAGGCACUUAUCGAUCCAGCAAAUAUCUGGAAUACUGAAAAUUCAAAGUGAACCAAAUUGGACGUACUACGAAUUCUUUCUUCAUUUAAACAAAACGAAAAUGCUUUUCAAGGCUUGCCGGAAGAAAAAACAUGAGGCCAAACCGGGCGAAAUUUUGGAUCAAGUCAUUUCACAGUCGUCAUCCAUGGCCAACAAAUGUUUGCUCUAUAAAUUGGCAAAUUACAAACGCGGUGGUGAUCUAAUCGAUGCGUUUCAAAAAGGAGGUCAAAUGGCCGUUGAAACGCUGAUUCGCGAGCAAUUCGGAACAUUUAUGUAUAACAAUGGCAAAGGUCAAGUUAUCAAUCGAGCCGAGUAUUUACGUUGGAAGUACAUGGACAACAAAGAAGUUGUUAUUCCCAUUGAAGCUUCGCUUUCGAACCAUGAUCCACUCGGCAAAUGGUACGAUCACAAUGCAUGUUGGAAAAUGCAGUAUCGUGGCUCAUUGGGUGAAAGUUUAUUGCAUGUGUUGAUCAUUUGCGAUACGAAAAUCCAUACGAAAUUAGCCCGAAUUCUGUUGCGUGUCUUUCCGAUGCUUUCCGUUGAUGUAAUGGAAGGCGAAGAAUAUUUGGGCGGAAGUGCAUUGCAUUUGGCCAUUGCGUAUAGUAACAAUAGCCUGGUGGCUGAUCUCAUCGAAGCUGGCGCUGAUGUUAAUCAACGGGCGAUUGGCAGUUUCUUCCUACCACGCGAUCAACAGGGCAGCAGACCAUCGAAAAACACCGACUAUGAAGGUCUUGCGUAUUUGGGUGAAUAUCCAUUGGCUUGGGCUUCUUGUUGCGCGAAUGAGUCGGUUUACAAUUUACUAUUGGACAAUAACGCUGAUCCGGAUUUACAAGAUUCUUUCGGCAAUAUGAUCCUGCAUAUGGUCGUCGUUUGCGAUAAACUUGACAUGUUUGGUUAUGCCUUACGUCAUCCGAAACUGCCGGCAAAGAAUGGAAUGAUGAACGCGGCAGGAUUAACACCACUGACUUUGGCUUGUAAAUUGGGUCGGGCUGAGGUGUUUCGUGAAAUGUUGGAGCUAUCUUCUCGAGAAUUUUGGCGUUAUAGCAACAUCACGUGUUCGGGCUAUCCGCUAAACGCUCUCGAUACAUUGUUGCCUGAUGGAAGAACAAAUUGGAAUUCAGCUCUGUUCAUCAUUUUGAACGGAACGAAAGAGGAGCACUUGGAUAUGUUAGAUGGAGGGAUUAUUCAGCGUUUAUUGGAAGAAAAAUGGAAAACAUUUGCCAGAAAUCAAUUUCUAAAGAGAUUGCUAAUCCUCUUCGUGCACUUAUUCUUUCUAUCGCUAUCGGUUUACACGAGACCGGCCACUGAAAAUUUACAAAACAAAGAGUACGAAGAGAGUCGCACUGAUCGCACUACAGCCGCUGACGGUGGUUCGGAUAAAGAUGAGUCUAGUGAGGAAGAGGAUGAUCCAAUGGGCAUAACAAAUAUGAUUCGUUACUUUAGUGAAGUGGCCACAUUGGCUGGUGUAUUGAGCUAUGUCGUUUUUCAACAGGGUGAUGAAAUCAAAAACCAAGGACUAUUCCCAUUUUUGAAACAAUUGGCACACGCACCGGCUAAAGCGAUAUUCCUUAUAUCAAACAUUAUGAUACUGGCGUGUAUACCGUUUCGAAUAAUCGGAGACACAGAUACGGAAGAAGCGAUUUUGGUAUUUGCAGUACCCGGCAGCUGGUUUUUGUUGAUGUUUUUUGCUGGAGCGGUUCGUCUUACUGGCCCCUUCGUGACGAUGAUUUACUCUAUGAUCACUGGUGACAUGUUCACCUUUGGCAUCAUUUAUGUAAUUGUUCUCUUUGGAUUUUCGCAAGCAUUUUAUUUUCUGUACAAAGGUCAUCCGCAAGUUGAUUCAACGCUCUUUGCCACUUAUCCAACCACGUGGAUGGCGUUAUUUCAAACUACUUUGGGCGAUUACAAUUACUCCGAUUUGAAUAACACCACCUAUCCGAAUUUGGCAAAAACGGUUUUCGUUAUGUUCAUGAUUUUCGUGCCGAUUCUUCUGUUGAAUAUGUUGAUCGCUAUGAUGGGUAACACAUACGCGCACGUCAUCGAGCAAUCGGAGAAGGAGUGGAUGAAACAAUGGGCAAAGAUUGUCGUCACGUUGGAGCGAGCCGUUCCUCAAGUUGACGCUCAGAAGUAUCUUGAAGCAUAUUCUAUUCCAUUGGGUCCAUCAGAUGAUUCAGGGUACGAAACGCGAGGUGUUAUGGUGAUCAAAAGUAAGGCAAAAACUCGUGCAAAACAGAGAAAGGGUGCCGUUUCAAAUUGGAAAAGAGUUGGUAAAGUGACGUUGAAUGCGUUAAAGUCCAGAGGAUUGACGGGUGAAGAACUGCGUCGCAUCAUGUGGGGACGGGCAAGCAUCACUUCACCAACAAAGGAGUCAAAGAAAAAAAUGACGCAAAAACUCAAUGUAAUUCAACAAACAGCUAAUGCAACUACUGUUUCUUCGACUGGAGCAUUGGGCACAGCUGUGGAUCGAAUGUCUUUCGCGCAUGACAUUGUGAUGAUGACCGACGAUGCAAUAGCCAUUGGUUUGGGUAUCGACGCACAGAAUCCGGAUAGACCGUUCAAAGAUCCACUACGUGAAUUGAUUUUGAUAUCAGAAAAUAGUUCGGCCAAAGUUGAUGAUAGUUAUGCAACAAAUUUGGCGAAGGAAGCCAGCGAUUUUGUUUUUUUGAGUAAUAUCAAGGAGAUUCAUUUAGAGACAAAGGCCGCCAUACCAAAACCAGCCACUCUGAUCACCCCGGUUGCUCCUAUCACUCCACUAGACGCAACUGGUGUUAAGAGUUUAUCAGCGGCUUUCCAGGAUAAAAGCAAUAUGAUAGAUCCAGUGAAAGAGCGCGAGUUUUUGAUGAAGAUCAGUGCAAUGGAAGAAUCCGACACGGAAGGUGUUAUGAAUGUUGAACGGCCCAUUUUGGGUAAAGUCUCACUGAUCCGCCGAGCAAAAUCGGCUGUUUCACGUAGCAUAAUUGAACGUCGAAUCAACGAUAAGCAUCCAUUGUUCAGUGUUGCUUGGGAAAAUCAAAAGUCCAUUGCUAAAAGUGAAUCGAUUGCCAAACCGGAUUCACACACAAUUGACAUUAACGCCGACGAUGAUGAGCAACAUGGAUCCGAUGAUGAUAUGCCAACACCCGAAGAAGUCAAACGUCACAUGGAACUGUUUCACCUGAGAAGGGGCCAGCCGCCGCCAAGUGCAAAGUUAGAACAAAAUCGCAAAUCAAAACACUCGAAGUGUCGUUCGGCUAAAACGAAAUCCAAUCGUGUCGCUCCCACCGACGACGAUUUGGAGCCAUCUGCAACCAAGAAAUCGAGUCGCAUUCGAUCGGCAAAAUUCACAUCGAGAGCGGAACAAGACGAAGAAUCAUCUCCUGACCCACUAGAACCAUGGAGCACUCGAGAUUUACUAAACAUCAAUAAAAUUCUAGAAUCUUAA